GCACCCAGCAUAUUUAUUUUAAGUAGCAGAUGGUUACCGUAAAACCUGGGACCCUGAUUCUCGUGCCAACGAAAAAAAAGUAAUCCUACGGACAAGCAAACGAAAUCCGCAGCGAUGGCCAAACCAAAGAACAACCCAGCCGACCACCCGUUUAUUUCUAUCAACGGUGAGCCCGUCGAACACAAAAAGAAGGUGGCCGAGGAGCUCCACCGCUUGAUCCCUCAGUCAGGGGUCCUCGAUAUGAAUAUGACCGUAGGCUUGGAGGCCGACAAAACAAAAGAAGCAGCGCACCACGACCAUCUGUUGGAGGUGUCCAAGGAAUGCCGUCGCGUGGCAUUGGAGUACGUCGCCACGCAAGAUUCCCAACCCCAUCUCACAUACAUCUUCGCCAACAGUCGCGCCUCUGACGCGCAUGAGUUUUCCAUCAAGAGGGAGAUUCAGGCUGCGGCGCGCAAGCGUGGGUCACCUUUCAUCUCGGUCAUCCUCGACCCGACGAAGACUGGUGCGCAGGAAGCGACCUCUUCCUCCCGGGACCAGGCAGCGAACCCUAAGAUCCGUGUCAAAUAUGCGACCGCCAUUGGAGGCGGCUGGUUGAGGUUCUCCGAUGAGUCACCUGCGUUGAAUAAUCAGGCGAAGGAGGUGGCGGAGAAGAUCAAGGAUCACGUUGACCGUUGUCUGCGAGAGGGCAACGCGUACCCGCCGCAGGCGUUGAUUUAA